AUGUACGCUUUGGAGGACUUGAUAUGCUUGUCGGACAAUGGAAUAGACACACCUAAUUAUGUCAAGUACACAGAAGCCAACUGCACAACAGAGGUUGGCUUUGUGCUCUUUGUUGCGACUGGCCUGGGAGUCCUGUUCUUCAUGCUGGUGGUGUUCGUCCAUAACCUCACCCUUGGCUGGCUGUCGGAGGACAUGCGAUCCAACACCAGGGGGCGCUACCACUACGAUGCAGAGGGGUCCUCCUUUCCUGCGCCUCUGUCUGCACAGCAGGGACUUCAGCUGGGGAAGGACAUUGUGGAGAACAUCACAGACAGCCUCUACCGGAGCCGCCACACCCUCUGCCUAGUCAGCCGCCACUACCUACGCAGUAACUGGUGCUCUCUGGAGAUGAAGCUGGCCACCUACAGGCUGCAGGUGGAGCAAAGGGACAUCCUCCUCCUGGUCUUCCUGGAGAAGAUCCCCCCUCGCCGGCUGUCUGCCCACCACAGGCUGGCUCGCCUGCUGAAAACCAGAACUUAUCUGGACUGGCCCCAGGACCCUAAUCAGCACCAGGCAUUCUGGGACAGACUGUGGGCUAAACUGAAACCUCUGUCUGAAACGUGAUGUCAGAGGUUGAUGUACUGUAAGACAUUCUGGACUGAAAUGUGUCAUCAGAGGUUAAUGUGGGACAUUGUGCUAGUGCAGAUGUAAUGUUGACUCAUAUGUUGAGGUAUGGCAUUUGUCAUUUACAUUAGUCUGUACAAAUGUCAACCACUAUUUGGGAUUUGUUUUGACAAUUCUGGUGAAGUCCUUUUAAUAAUUCUACCUGCAGUGUACUUUUUAUGAUUCUUCUGAAAUAAUCCUGUUUCAACUUCUUAGAAAAACUUCCCCAAGUUUGAACAGAUUCUAUUUGUAUUUUUCAACACCUAAUCGCUAACCCAUGUCUUUGUUUGUAAAUGUGUUGCUAAGAGGAAC